AUGGUACCCCCCAGCGAUGGGAUGCCUGACGUUGCACCAGAAAUUGGGACCUCUGCGCCGGGUUCAGGAAUGGGUGAUAUCGGCCCUCUAUCAGCACAGCUAUCAGAACAUCUUGCGGAUGAUAUAACUCAAAGGCAACCCUUGAGUACUUCUGGCUCUGCAUCGCCCUUUGGAUCCGAACAACCCGCUGACCAUACAGAGAAUCUUAUAGACGAUCCAACAUUGAAACUGGAUAUGCAAGAAACCCUAGAUCAUGAAAACUUUUCAAAGUUAUUAGAACUGGAUUCUAAAAAUGAUGACGAUCUUUUCUCCUCUGCAGACCUGCUGGAACACGAUAUAUCAGAGGACUUGGGUAAACUGGUACCGGGCGAUUCACAAACGGCACACGAUGCUCGACUGAAUCAAUCUGAGGACCCGCAUGUAACGAAUGGAGGGGCAUUAGAUGAUGUACAUUCGCAUGGAGGUGAAAGUCAUCAUUCAGAUCAAGACUCGAAAAAUCAUAAUGAGCAGAACGCUCAGCAGGUCCAACCGUUGCUUCCACAGUCAACGCUAGCUCCGCAGUCACAAGAACAUCAGUAUCAGCACAGUGGACUAGAUCAACGAGAAAGGAUUGAAAGCUCAAUUCAGCGACAAGAAGAACACGAACUGCAAUCACCACAAACUAAAAUGCAUCACCAACAACAGCAUGGACGCUCUCACUCAGGUAGCUCACAUUCCUUGAAUGAUAUUAAUUUAGAUUUAGAGCCUGAAAUACCGUCACUUCAAGACGACUCAUCGACAAUCACGAGGGCAUUAUACAAUCCCGACACUUUCCAUGUCACUCCUGAAUUACCAGAUGACACAACUGCAACUAUUACCGAAUCGAAGAAUGGCCAAAGUGCUCAGCAAGGGCAAAAGGAUGAAGUUUCAUCUCCAUCGAAUUUUCAAUCCGUCUCUCUUCCACCUGCCCCACUUCCAGAGAACGCGGUCAACAAAUAUCCACCUGCUCCGCCGAUGGAUGUAGGUGCACAAUUGGUGAUGACUGAAUUCCACGAUCCAACUAUGGAUGAGGCAGAGCAAUCAAAAAUUUCGGCGUACGCUCGGCUAGAUUUUCAGAGCUUCACAUUCUAUGUCCAGACACUACAGGUGAUCAUAGGUCGGCGAUCCGAAAAUGACUUUUCUCAUAAAGUGGAUGUCAAUCUAGGACCAUCCAAAUCGAUAUCCAGAAGACAUGCCCAAAUUUUUUACAAUUUUGGAACAGGCCGCUUCGAACUUUCAAUUAUGGGUAAAAACGGUGCUUUUGUUGAUGAUGCGUUCAUUGAAAGGGGAAUAACUGUUCAGUUAAAGAAUCGAGCAAAGGUACAAAUCGGUCAGAUACCUUUCCAGUUCAUUCUACCGGACCAGGAAGCUAAAGAGAAGAAGGCAAUCGAACCUGUAGACGCAGUAACAAUGAAAAAAACUCUCAGCAAUAACACCAAAUUGGCGGAGGCCUCAAGAAGUGCCACUCCCACUGCUUUACCGUUGAAGGGAACUCCAGAUCCUAAAUCAGAAAAGGCGAAGUUAGAGCCGCCGAAAAAGAAGCCAACCCCAAAGAAACAGGAAAAAAAGGAACCGAAGCCUCCUAAACCACCAAAAAAGGUCUACACACUGGAAGAAAUUCCUUUGGAGUACAGAUCAAAACCCACUGGUUCAUAUUCUAACCUCAUUACAGCAUGUCUUCGAAAAUAUUCGAGCGCCAAGGGAAUGUCUCUCUCCGGCAUAUACGCUGGGAUCAGAGAAUUAUUUCCGUACUACAAGUAUUGUCCUGAUGGUUGGCAGAGUUCAGUAAGGCACAAUCUUUCCUUGAAUAAAUCAUUCAGAAAGGUUUCAAAAGAAGGCAAAGGAUGGUUAUGGGGCUUGAAUGAGGAAUAUAUAGCCGAGCGUGAGAAACAGAAAAAGAAGCAGGCAGAAGCCGCUGCAAUGAAGGCGAAAGCCGCACAAUUAAAACUCGAACAACAGCAACAACAAAAGGCCAAAAAGGUAACCGAAAGCUCAAAUACUGUCAUAAAGUCUGCGUCAAAGAUUCCUCCUUCUCGGCCCAAACCUAAGCAGCCAAAUAUUUCUCAGACGCUGGCUGCCAAUAGAGCGGAUAGAAAGGCGACUGCGGAUGGAAACCAGCGUACAAUGAAAUACCUACAAGAGCAGCUCAUGAUUCUCACGAAAGAGCGUCAUGGGUUGGAUAAGCAAGUCAUGGCCAGUAUUUUAACGCAGGCUCUUGCAAUGACUAUCAAUCAGGUAACACAAGCUGCAAAGUCUAAGGGGAUCACGGGAAAUCCACUAACAGCUUUAAUUGACAAAAACCCGCAGCACCUGAAUUUGAUCUUAGCUGCAGCGGUAAAUGCAGCUACUAUCAAAGUGACAAACGGCAGUGUCAAGCAAUUGGUAAGUAUGCCACCGCCCACGGCAGCAACGCAUCCUGAGGACACCGCGAUGUUGCCCAACGUACAGAAUUCAAGUCAAUCUCUUCAACAUGUCACAGCCCCAUUUGAAAAAGUCAAGUCAUCAGAGUCCUUCGAUCCCAGUUCUUUAUCUAAAUUCUUUCAGCCCAAACAACCACCUCGAGUUUCAACUCCAGUUUCCACUCAAAGUGUUUUGCCAUCAAAGAGACCUUCGAGUGAGACGGAAUCCAGUUCAGAGGAUGAAUCUUCAAGUGCCGAUGACAGCGAUAGCGAGGGAAGUGAUGACGAUUCCUCUGCCCAUUCAGAGAAUGAGGAUAGUGGCAGCGGCAAAGACUCGUCUAGUGACGACGGCAGCUCAGAUGGUGAAUAA